AUGAAAUUCUUCAUCGCUUUCGCUUUUCUUGCCGUGGCUUCGGCCAGCGUCAUUCCUGCCGCAGUUAUCGCCAGCGACAAUCCUGAGAUUCAGGAGAUCGUGGCUGCUAUCCAGAGCCCCAGCACUGACCCCGCUACCGCUGCUGCUCUUGAAGAAUUGCUCCUGGAAAUCCUCGGCAUUGCUAAGCCCGAACCUAUUGAUGUCGGACCCGCCAUCGUAGACAACUACGAGCCUAUUGCCAUUGGGCCCGCUGUAGUCGAUUUUCCCUUGCCCGACGGUGGUGCCGUGGCUGAUGUCGACCCCACCCCUGUCAUGCCCGCUCCUGUUGAAUCCUCGGCCAGCGCUCCCCUUGUGCAGAUAAUCUUGAACAUCCAAUCUGCGUCUGACGUUGUUGGCUCUCCCGUCUCCGUUGAGACCGUUCAGUCUCCUGCUCCUACCCCUGUUCAGGUUGUGGAUGAAGCUGUGAAUGCCGAGCCUAUCGUCCCCGUGCCCGUCAUCGUCGUGGACAAGCCUAUCGUUCCCGAGCCCGUCAUCGUCGUGGAUACGCCUAUCGUCCCCGAGCCCGUCAUCGUAGUCGAAGAAGCUGAUAAGCCCGAGACUGUCGUCGUCGCCCAGCCAAUCAUCCCUGCACCAGCAAUCGUUCUUCCUGAAAUUCUCAACUAA